AUUUACAGAUGUUUGGGAUCAACUUCACUCCGGUCAAAAUUGAACUUUCACAUUGGCGUCUCUCAAAAAAAAUCUACCACAAACAUAUUAGAUUUCGUUUUCUCUAUUUAUGAUCCUAUGCUGCCAUAUCGCCGAUUAUUUCAAUCUAACACUAAGAGCUGCUUAAAAGGCUCAAGAUCAACCUAGAAAAGUAACUGUCAUGUUAAAAAAAAAUUUUUAAAUCAGUUUGUCGUCAUAGCAACAUCACCGAAAAAAACAGCUCGUUCAUAAUUGCUGCUAUAAAACGGUUUGUUAUUACAUUUACACAUUACAAGAGAAGAUGAGAAAAUUAUUUCUCUGCGCCACUUCUUCCGGCUGAUCAGCCAAUCACGGUGCGCCUUUUCUCACCACUUCCCUAUCCUCAACCAAAAUAAGGAAGUAAACAUAACAAGAGAAACACAUAGUAGUGUUUCCUGAUUACUGAUUACCAGUCAUGGACGACACUGAUCCAGACACUGACAUUGUUAACGACUUUGAGGAAGACAAGGAUUCUUCAGACCCUUUCUCGAAAAGAGGAAGACAAUCCAAGCUUCCUGUGCCUGAACCCAUGUUUCCCAGUUCGUCUGGGUUAAGAGGGUUCCGUCAGAGCACCACGAUGUGUCUGGAGCACAUCAGAGAAGCCAUGCUGCAUCACAGAUGGCAGGAGGCAACAGAGUAUAUGGUAUACUUUCCGCAGAUACUACAAAGUACGAGUGAAGGAUCCACACAGCAAAAUAAAGAGCUUGUCUGGAGACUCUGCACCGAGAUCCUUCACCAUCACCCAAACUCGACCUUGCAGGACUACAACAACAUCUAUGAACGAAUGAAACAUUCAAGUUCCAAACACUACCUGAUGAUCUCUCUGGAACACGCCUUUCACCUGAUGCUCCACGGCUGCAUAGAAGAUGCCAAGCAUCAGCUCUCUGUCGCGCAGACCUGGAGAUACGGAAAGGAGUCGGUGAUUCAGUACCAGAAGACUAAACUGAUCCAUGCGUACAGUAGUCUGUUGGACUACAUCAACUGGUGUGACAAAAAGUCUGCAAACGACGGAAGUGACCAUGAUGUCCUUGUUGAGAACACAGAGAUGCAAAACAGCUUCAGACAGGUGUCUUCAAAUCUGAAGGAGAUCCUGAAACAUCCCGGUGUCUGGGAUCCUUUCAUCCUCAGUUAUGUUGAAAUGUUGGAGUUUUACCAGGAUCACACCACAGCCCUGAGCGUCCUGAAAAACUACGCCCACGACAGCAGUUUCCCACCUAAUCCCAAUGCACAUGUUUAUCUGUACCAGUAUGUGAAGAGGCACGGAGCUCCACAGAAGAAACUGUUGAAAAUCCUCAAGACCCUUCAUGUUUUGGUGCCGAGCCAUGAGUUAAUGCUGGAGUACAGUUCUCUUCUACUCCAAUCAAAGAAAAGCUGUCAUGGGCCGAAGGCUUUAGAAAUCCUUCUGGACAUGUUGGACUUCUCCUGCUGGAGAACUAACCUGGAUGUGUGGAAGCUUUUGAAGGCCGUUAUUGAGAAACUCCAAUUAAAACCAGACUGGAAAACUAUCAUUCUAAAAAGAAUGUCUGGACGGACAGACUGGUGGCCUGCUCUGCACUUCACCAGGGCUCACGCCACCACAGACUCUGAGGAGAACCCGGAACUGUGGGCAGUGAAGGCAUCACUGACUAAAAUUCUCUGCCCAGAUGUACCUCAGAGUUAUGUCGAUGCUGGAGACACCGAUGAAGAACAGAUCCACACUGCUCUGUAGGAUCAUCACGGCUGAGAUGUUUGGGGAAUAACUGUGGAAAAAAAACAAUGUCCUGAACUCAAAAAAUAUUUUACAUUAAAAUUACUUUUUUAUAUUGGUUAAAUACUGAACACUGGCCUUUUUUUCCAGGCGUGGUUCAUUGACACGCGUCAUAAGCUACAGUAUUUUGUCCACAGGGUGGAGCUGUUGAUUCAUACUAUUUCCUUAAUAAACAACAAGGCCUCAUGAGUUCAA